GAGAAGAGGAAGCGGUUUCCCGAUCUCUAUGGUCAGAGGGAGUCAUGGCAUUUCCUGUGAGUGUAAACAGAGCCGUCGGGCUGCCAUGGCCUCGUCCUUUAAGUGAGCGAAACGGAGCAUCCGCCGAAGCCUUUUCUCCAUGAAACAGCCGCUCUUCGCUGCAGAUGAACGUGGCGGCGGGAUAUGAGGCGCGUGUGUUAGCGAGCUAACAUGGACGUGGGUUCAAUGCUGUACAACAGUUUAAAGGAUGUGACAUGGAGCUCCACCACUCUCCCCCUGGAUCGGCUGGUCAGUGCCUACAGACUGCCGCAGAUUGUCAAAUUGGACGGCGGGGAAUCAGUGGAAGGGCUAAGAGAAAACGACUACCUCUUGAUUCAUUCGUGUCGGCAGUGGACCACGAUCACUGCCCAUAGCCUGGAGGAGGGCCAUUAUGUCAUCGGACCGAAAAUCGAGAUCCCUGUCCAUUAUGAGGGUCAGUUCAAACUCCUGGAGCAGGACAGGGACAUUAAGGAGCCUGUGCAGUACUUCAACAGUGUGGAAGAAGUGGCCAAAGCUUUCCCUGAGCGAGUCUAUGUCAUGGAGGAAAUUACAUUCAAUGUUAAGAUGGCCUCAGGCGAAUGCAACGAGGACACAGAGGUAUACAACAUCACUCUGAAUACUGGUGAUGAGUUAACCCUCAUGGGUCAGGCUGAGAUUCUCUAUGCCAAAACGUCAAGGGAAAAGUCGCGCUUCAACACCAUCUUCAAGCGGAUUGGUAAGCUCAAUUCCAUAGGCAAGCUUGGCCGUGGCAAGAUGCCGUGCCUCAUCUGCAUGAACCACCGCACGAAUGAGAGCAUCAGCCUGCCCUUCCAGUGCCGGGGCCGCUUCAGCACCUGCUCCCCCCUGGAGCUGCAGAUGCAGGAGGGUGAGCACACCAUCCGCACCAUUGUGGAGAAGACACGACUUCCUGUGAAUGUGACUGUGCCCAGCAGCCCGCCACGCAACCCGCACGACCUGCACUUGAUUCGCGAGGGUCAUCGCUACAAGCUUGUCAACAUCCAGACAAAGACGGUUGUGGUGUGCUGUGUGCUGCGAUCCAACAAGGUGCUCCCUGUGCACUUUCCUUUGCAUGUAGCCACGGCCUUGCCGCGGCUGCUGGUACCUGAGGGGCUGCUGCAUGGAGAGGCCUGGUUGGAAACAGUGGUUCACCGAUGGUUCACCUACUGCCAAGAGCAGUUCAAUAUUGACGACUACUCGAGGGCAGUUCGCGAUGUGCGAGUGGACUGGCUGGAGGAUGGCAAGAGUCCCAAGAAGAGUGGUACUGGAGGAACAGGGAGCAGCAGCGGAGGUGGAAACGGCAGCAACAACGUCGGUAGCAAUGGUUGUCCCGCUCAUGUUCACCUGCCAAGCUCGCUCAGUUCAGCUCGAGACGAGCUCACACAGUCCUUCCAUCGGCUUUCCGUCUGUGUCUAUGGUAACAAUCUCCAUGGCAACAGCGAGGUGAACCUGCAAGGAUGUGUUAGCUUGUAUGGGGAAUAUGUGCCUCCCGAACCACAGGAUGCAGAUUAUCUGUUUCCCGAGCUGCUAGACACCUCUUCUGGUCAAGGCAGCUUGUAUAAACCAGAUCUGCCAUAUGAGGAACUGUGGCUGGACCACGCAAAGAACCGCGGAUCUGUACAUGAGCACACUGAAGCUGUCCGAAUAAACACAAGCAUCUCUAGCUGCCCUCCUGUCCUGCCCUUCCCCAGUCCCGGUUCCACUAGUGCUCUCCUCAGUACAGAUAUCAAUCUACCUCCACCCCCUGUGCCUCCAAAGUCAGAAGCUGUGAAAGAGGAGUGUCGGUUGUUGAAUGCUCCUCCAAUUCCACCGCGGAGUUCCAAACAGACAGCCCUAAGCUCAAGCAGUGCCACAGUGCCAUUCCCAGCCACCAAACCACGGCAGACAGACACUCGCUCCCCGAGCCCAACCCUGUCCUACUACUCCUCUGGCCUGCACAACAUAGGAGGAGAGAGCGAGCCUUCAAAAGAAGUGGACGAACAGAACCACGUGUGUUACCCAUGCAACUGGAUUCGACCAGAUGGUGGUGAGAGCUCCACACUGCACCCCUGCCUCAGUCCCUCCAUGGACGCCACCCUCUCCCGUCUGUCUUGGCCAAACGACUUCUGUGGAGGCGAUUUACACAAGGGAGAAGACUUCUCAUCAGUCCAGUGCCGCAGUUACUCAAGCUAUCCGAGGAAAAGGACCCCUAGUACCCCCAAGGCUUGUUCCUCAGGCCUCUUUGACAAAGGAGAGAGAUUUGAAGGGACUACUGCAGCCACAAAGACCCAACAUUCUGCUCAGUUUUGUACUAAAUCUACUAGUUAUACCCUGGAAAUGUACAGAGACAAACCCAUUGAGGAAUGUAACACUAAGCAAAGCCAGUCCUGCCCUAUAUUGCCGCCAAGAACCCCCAAAUCCAACGAUGCAAAGAAAGACAGGGAAUGUAAUUCAACAACAGUCACCAGUGUCGAUGCUAAAGAACUUCAGGUGGCAAGCUGCUUGGUCGAAAGGCCACUUCAAAGCACCGCAGAGUUGCCAUGGCAACCACCAACCAACCUUUCAGGCCUUUGCAUUGAAGAGGUCUCCAAGUCACUACGGUUCAUUGGUAUGUCGGAGGAUGUGGUUGCGUUGUUUGUCAGAGAAAAAAUUGACGGUAAUUUGCUGCUGCAGCUAACCGAGGAGAUUCUGUCUGAGGACUUUAAGUUAAGCAAACUGCAAGUGAAGAAACUUAUGCAGUUCAUUAGUGGCUGGAGGCCCAAAAUGUAAGCUCGAACAAACCCAAAACUAGUCUAUGGCAAAAAACAUGCAAUGUGCUGUGAAAAAGCAGCCCCCAACACCUUGGCCUUCAGUAUUGUGUGAGAUUGUUUUGUAUCUAUAUGCUAUGCACAGUCCAAAGCCUUGUAAUGAUAUUUUACUGGUUUGUAAAAAAAAAAAACAAAAACAAACUAUAUAUAUAUAUAUAUAUAUAUAUAGGGUGCUUUGUGUAUUAACUUUCAUGUCUUGACCUGUACCCUUGUCUUUGUGUAAUCUCUCUCUGUGACCUUAAGGUACCUGCACAAUGAACUUAACACUUUGCUCAAACCCAAAGCCUUGAGAAUAUGAAUAUUUUGACCCAACCUUACUAUGCCUUCACUUUUCUUGGUUGGUGAUCAAUAAAUAUUAACAAACACUUUCUGUGCCACACAUAGAUAUCCAAGGACCACCUUGUUCAAUUUUGGCAUAUAUCUUAUGCAAAACAAUAAUACUCAUUUAUAACCUUUCAAGCUGGCAUUAUUUUAUUAAUAUGCAUUUAUCAGAGUGCAUAUGUAUACAUGUAUUUGGACAAGGACAGAUUGUUGUUUUUGGCUUUGUACUCCAAAACAGUAUUAAUUUUAAAUCCAGCAUCAUGUUGGCAUUGCAGUCCGUUUUAGACGUAGUCCUCGUAUUUUAUGUCACCAAAAGUAAUCCAGUGAUCUACUGGUCAGUUGUUCCUUGGCCAACUUUGAGUCACUGCAUUGUUAGCUCAUGUGUGAGGGGUUUAACAAAAUGUUGACAUGGGCAUCUGUAGUUUACCGUUUUGCAGAAAAGCCAGUGUCAGGUUAAAAAUCAAAAUAAAUACUGGACAAACAGCCUACACAAUAGGUUUACCAACAACAACGGUUGGGUGUACUGUUAAAGAGCAAGAAGGACUGGUGAGCUGACCAAAGAACACUAUAGCUGUGAAUAACCAAAACAACAUGAAUUAAGAACACAUCAAAUACGCAGACCAGUGGUCCCACUUCUCAGUUCUGGGGACCCCAUGCUCUGCACACUUCUCUAGCCUAAACAUAUCUAACCAGGGAGUUUGUUUAUUAGAUGAGUUUACUCAGGUGUGUUACAUAAAUUUAAAAUACAAAAAUGUGCAGAAUAAAGGGGCUCCAUGCCUGGCACUGCGAAUCAUAGAUGGGUUGAGGACAACUUCUACAUACAAAAGAAUAAACCAGCUUGAUGUCAGCAUUCACCACAAACCCCUAGAAAGACCAAGAACAGAAAGACCAGGAAUGCUUAGGAAAUGUAAAGAAGUACAGUACUUGCAUAAAUCAGAAACCACCCUCAAUUUAUUUAUUUUCCAGUGAAAAUGGCCAUUUAGAAAAAGCUAUUUUUUUCAGGAGAAAUUUCUGAGGCGGUUAGAUGUAAGGUAAUCGACUUGCAUGAGCAACCCGUUCCAGGUGUUUACUAAACUGGAGCUUAAAAAAUUAAGAUACAGAGAAAAUGGGACACUUGCAGAAGAUCUGGUAGAUCACUAAAAUAAUCAUCAUCAUCAGAUCUAAAAAAAAAUAAUUGAAAAAAAAAAAACAAGAAACAAGUGUUUCUGUCCAUCUGUCCAUGGAAAAAAA